AUGAAAUUUCAACACAUCCUCAACACCGGCCUCCUCACCAUCCCGCCGACGUCGCUAUCACACUCACCUCCGUGCAUGGCAACGAGUCUGCCAUUCAACAUCAACCCGUCGACGCCCGAGAACACGGCAAACUACACGCCGCCUGUCUUCCCGAUCACGCCAUUCCAGAAAUAUGCCCACAACCCGAUCCUGAGGCCCAACCCGGCUGCGAACUGGGAGUCGGCGUACCUGUACAACCCCACCGCCAUCGUGCUCAACGAGACCAUCUUCCUCCUGUACCGCGCACAGAACUCGUCCAAGACGUCGUCCAUUGGCCUCGCGUGGUCCAUAGACGGCGUCACCUUUACUCGCCUCAACCGUCCGAUUGUCUAUGCGACCGAGCCGUGGGAGCAUCUCGGCGGGACCGAAGAUCCGCGCAUCGUCCGCGUCAAUGGCACGUUUUACAUGACCUACACGGCCUACGACGGCGUGACGCCGCAACUUUGCCUAGCCACGUCCACGGAUCUUUUAAGCUGGCAGAAGUACCCCCCUCUCUUCCCCGGAUAUCAGGACGUGGAAUACUCGGACAUCGACGUGCCUUCUCCGCGCAUCAACCAUUCCAAAUCCGGCGCCAUCAUCAGUGAACCCACGGCGGAUGGACUGUAUCACAUGUAUUUCGGCGACAGCUUCUUCUACCACGCCACUUCGCGCAACCUCUUAAACUGGACCGCAUUGCCCGCUGACCAAUACUUCGCCAGCCCCGUCAAUCCCUGGGAGAACCGCCUGAUCGAACCCGGCCCGCCCCCCGUCAAGACGCGAGAUGGGAAAUGGUUGCUCAUAUACAACGGGAUGACGACGGGUCGCGUGGGAUACCCGCAGAACCAGUAUUCGGUGGGUCAGAUGCUCAUCGACCCCUCCGGCUCGUUUCGUCCGACCCUGAACUUGAGCGAUGGCGCGUACCAGCCUGCAUUGAGAGAUGGGCCGGUCGCGAGGCUGGAGAGACCGAUUCUGGUUCCCGAGGCUGGGAAUGAGCAAAAGGGCCAGGUGAACCAGGUGGUCUUUGCAGAGGGCCUGGUGCAGUUCAAGGGCAAGUGGUACUUGUACUUUGGACAGGGAGAUAGCGAGUUGGGUGUGGCUAUUGCCGAUGAACAGUCUUGA